CUACAAUUGUUAACAGCUCAAGAGAGUCACAUCUCUUGCUGCAAACGAGUGACUUCUCACAAAAUGUGUAGCAUAUACGACCCUUUUUGACUCUUGAUCUUGCUUCAUAAGCUAAGAAUAUUGAAACCUCUGGAACUCCAUGGGGCUACUAAAAAUUUAGAAGAAACAGAGGUACUUAAGAUGAUACUUCUUAGACCAGAGUCAACUGGUUAACAGAAAAUCAGGUCCAGUGUUACUGAUCUCUAGUGAAACAAACAAAAGGCAUCCCAGACCAUUAAGAAAACUAUCAAGUAGACACAUAUCUUUAUAUCAUCUUUCAAGAGUAGUAAUCUACUUUAUACCAAUUUCUUUAACAAAAAGCAAACACUAUCAAAAAGCAUAGAAACAAGUGAUUGAACCAUCACCAAAGUUCACAAAAAGCUAAAGCCAAUAUAGAAUACAAUGCCUUUCCUUAAUAUCUAUCACUAACCUUUAGUAUCUUAACCUCUUAUUCCUUCUACUUAGCCACCAAGAAAAGCCAAAAAGACUCGUCAAUCUCCUUCUACAUAAUACUUCAUUUGUCUCCAUCUUCAUCAGCAAAAACAAACACUCUAUAGUCUAUACAUACACACACUCGAACACUCAUCCAUGAGUACGGACUGGGGGACGGUGAUUGUAGCGGUGUCUCUGUUCCUCCUACUAUCACCAGGACUACUGUUUCAGAUUCCAGCAAGAACGAGAGUGGUCGAGUUCGGGAACAUGAGCGGUAUAGCAAUUUUGGUUCACGCAGUUAUAUACUUUUGUAUUCUCACUAUCUUGGUGGUUGCUAUACAAGUUCACAUCCAUUUCUAUAACAUUCACAUCCAUUUCUAAUCAAUACUCUAAGCUACAGUUUUUUUUUUCAUAAAUAUAUAACUUCAAUGUUUUGCGUUAAAAACGCAAUGAAACAAAUCCAGAGAGAAAGGAAGAGAAAAACAAAUUGCAACCAAAAGGUGCACAAAGGAGCCAAAGCUCCAAAACAGAGAAAGACGAUAGUAAGUAACUUGCCAAGGACGCCAGAGCUGGGACCGCUCUAUUCAGGUGUAAGGCCUCAAAAAAGAGCAAACUCCUUAAGUAGAUAGAAAGGCUUUGAAUCCGAUCCUGUAGCCAAGAAGGUCCCUGGUGCGCAACAUAUGAUUGCUUACGCUGGUCCCUUAUCACAUUUGUUUUGUGUGGUUUUUUGUUACUAGCAUGGCGCAAUAAUUAUUUAUUUGUGUAUAACGUUCGUUUUA